AUGUCUCAAACAGAGGAGGUCAUCGUGACCAGGCCGCCAACGGCAGUAUGCGUUCCAGAGAGCCCGAGCGAAGCCAGCUUCGUCAACAUCGAGAAGUGCAUCAUCAAAGAUGUAUCCGAGUUGAUGUUACCGGACGAGGCUUCAUUCGACCUUGAGGCGCAAAGCACGACAAGGAAGCUGAUUGCUCCAAUCCGGUAUACGAUCCUCAACAUCUACCGGCGGCUUUUCACGCUCGUCUUUCUCGCCAACAUCGGAGUCUUCAUCUAUGUGAUGGUUGCGGACCGAAAACUUCUGGCCCUUGUCAAUGCUGCAGCAGCGAACCUGCUCGCAUGCGGUCUCGCAAGACAGCCUCUUGUCGUCAACACCAUUUUCGUCACAGUAUGCUCAAUACCUAGGUCCGCUCCACUGUGGCUGCGCCGAAUCUGCUCAAAGGUGUACCAUUACGGAGGUGUCCAUAGCGGAUGCGGAGUCGCAUCGCUCAUCUGGUACCUGGGCUUCCUCGGCGAGUUCUCUCGACAAUACUGGUCUGGUGGAUCAUCCCAAUUUUCUGCAGCGCCAAUUGUUCUCGCGUACAUUAUCCUGGUGCUGCUGCUUGCAAUUAUCAUCGUUGCCUAUCCAGGCUUCCGAUUCAAGCGGCAUGACUACUUCGAGCUCACGCAUCGCUUCUCCGGCUGGCUUGUCGUAGCCCUCUUUGUCAUCCUCCUCAUGGUCUUCGUCGACGAAGCUUCCGCCGCCGAAGGCAAACCGAUGGGCCGCUUUCUCAUCGAACUCCCAGCGUUCUGGUUCCUCAUGCUCGUUGUCGUAGCCAUCGUCCACCCAUGGCUCCUCCUCCGCAAAGUCAAGGUCACCCCAGAGUACCUCUCCCCGCACGCCGUGCGGCUCCACUUCAACCACACCACAACCACCUUUGGCAAAGGUAUUCAACUCUCCAAGCACCCUUUGCAAGACUGGCACGGCUUCGCCACUUUUCCGGACGUCGACAGAGACGGCAAAUCCUUCUCCAGCCUGAUCUCAAAAGCCGGCGACUGGACCGCCGCCACGAUCAAAAACCAACCAACACACCUCUGGAAACGCGGUGUGCUCAUCUACGGCUUCGCAUACGCAAUGCGUGUGUACAAGCGUGUUGUCGUCGUCACAACAGGCUCCGGUAUUGGCCCCUGUCUCUCCUUCCUUGGAGACGAGAAUCGCCCCUCUUUGCGUGUCAUCUGGCAAACGCGAGCGCCUAAGCGAACCUACGGCAAAGAGGUUCUCAACUUGGUGGGACGCAUGGAUCCGAACCCCGUUAUCAUUGACACGAAUUCUUCCGGCCGUCUUGAUAUGGUGCCGCUCAUUCGACAGAUUGCGCGCGAGCACGACGCCGAGGCGAUUUGCGUCAUCAGUAACCCGUUUGUCACGAAGAAGGUCGUGUACGAGCUCGAGUCGAUGGGGAUCCCAGCAUACGGCCCGAUUUUUGAUUCAUGA